AUGGGUGACUACCAGAAUGUGCCCACACAGGAAGAAGACCAGCUAUGGUUCAUGGAUAGAUACGACGUAAACGAGCUAAUCGGAGACAUAGAGCAAAAUGACGAAGAUUCUCAGUGCAACGAAAAUAACAGCAUAUGCGAGAUUGAAAUACCGUUCCUUCUGUACAACAGAGGAAGCAAUAGGGAAGACUCGGAAAGGAACUCCUCAGUGAGUUACCUGGACGACGGAGCGUCAACUAUCAUUUCGAAGCAAGAUGAGGACAACGGGACGGAAGAAGAUUCAGUAGGAAAAAAAAAAAACAAAAAAAAACAAACAAGCAAAACGAAAGGGAAGGAGAAUUGUAAUGCGAAUUGGAAUGCAAAAAACGAACGAACAGCAAAAUCAAAAGAAAAAAUUAACAUUAUUUUUAUACCCAGUGAUGGCAGCGGCCUGGACAACUUUGAAGAAAUCUUCGCCAUGAAAAAUGUGAACACUGAAAAUGUAGAAAAAAAAUUAAACGAAAAAUUUUAUCAACUGUGCUGCAAAAGUGUUGCAGAUAUAAACACACACAAUUUGAGUAAAGUGAGAAAAGCAAGUGAGAGAAAGAGAAGGGGGACUCUCCAUGUAGAACACAUCGAUUAUGGAGACAUUUUUCUCUCCAUAAGGGAUUCCGUGACGAGGAAACAAAGGAGAAGCAGCAGCAACCUUCUGCAGGAUGACUCACGUAGGCAGCUUGGCGGGAGGAAGGACCAGCUAAGGAGGUACACUACUAUGGAAGAGCAUCAGAAGACAUUACUGGGAAAGAGGAAGGUUAAGAAUGCGUACAAUUAUCGAUGCAACGGUGGAAACUUCUUCAAAUCGUAUAGAAAAAAAGACACUCUUUAUUGUCACCCAAUUGGAGAUCGUAUUAUAGAAAAAGGAGCUACCCACUCUCGUAGGAGAAGAAUUUCGGCUCCAUAUAUCCAUCACUUAGCAACCAAUAAGAGGAGGAGGAGCUACGUCCACCCUGUGGACUAUCGGCAUAUCACUGUAUAUGAUGAAGUUGCUUUGGAAGACAGGUCGUUUCUAUCAAACCUUUACCUAAACGGGAAUGGGAAAAAACAGAAUGUUAUGUAUUAUUCGGAUGACUACGAGGAAAGGAAAGGUCCACCUUUCUUAGGAGAGAAGAUCGCACCGAACAAUGUCCUCAUUCAUUCGGGCCGGAGCCCACGUGCUGCAGAUACAAGACAGCAAGAGGGGCAAAUAAGUAGAAACCGCUCCCCUUCGGAAGAAGAAAUACAUCCCUGUGAGCAACAUGUUGGGGUGGAAACACAGGGAGAGCAGUAUUAUCUCCCGCGGAGAGACAACGAUGAGGUGACACGAUAUGGAGGAAGCGCCCCUACACUUGUACAGAUUAGCCAAAGGGACAAACAAUCAGGGGAGGAAGUAACAAAUGCAUUUGAAUUAAAUUCCGUUUUUGACCCCAGUGGGGGGGAGGUUCCCUCCGAGGAGACCUGCACCGAGGACGCCCCUGGUGAAGACAAAAACGACGGUUAUGCAUGUUGGGGGGAUAGCCAACCAGGUGAGGAGACAGCAGCGGGGGAUGCAGCAGCGGGGAAUGUAACAUAUGGGAAUGACGAAGACGUCGAAAAAGAGGAGGACAGAAGAAGCCCCCCCAUGCAUGGUCACGAAACGGAAGCAAAAGAAAACACUGCACCCAGUGAUGACAACGCCAGUGAGUUGUGUCAUUUGAGAGGAGAAGUGGAAAGUGCGUGUUACGAAUCUGUAGUCAGUUUGGGGAAUGUCAGGAAAUCAGGACGGCAAGGAGGAAACCCCUUUUUAUCGAGUAGGGAAGACAAAGAAUACUUCGACCUGCUGGUGAGCAGGUAUGAAAAGACGAAAUUGGCUCUGGACGGCAGUGAUCUCCUCUCCGUCAGUGUUAGCGAUGCGCCAGGGGGGGGUGCGUCGGUCGGUUCGGUGCGAAGUGUGGGAGAAGUGGAAGUGGCGGAAGAGGUGGAGGAGGCGGAAAAAGACAAAGAAGUGGUGGAUGUGGCAGAAGUUAAAGAAGAGAAAAAAGUGGCGCAUGUCGAAGUGGUGGAAGAGGCGGGGAAAAUAAAUGACAACCUUCUGAGGGAGCCCAACACGGAGGAUCCAACGAGUCAAGAGGGCGAGGAAGAAAAAGCAAAAGGGGAGGAAGAAGCAGAACGGAGGGAAGCACCAACAGGGGAGCCCUCAACGGAUAAGCCACCCCAUGAUGACACCUCCCAAAUAGGGAGGUACGAGGAGCUCCUCGAAAACGACAUGUGCGAUUUGUACAACCUAAAGAUGCACGAUUUGAAGACACUAAAAAAUUGCGAUUUUGGUGUCUCGAAAAAUAUACUCAUAAAGGAUAUCUUUAUGUACCAUAGUAACACCUUGAAGGGAGAGGAGGUUCCAAUGGACGUCGUCGACAUGGACGAUGCACAGGGGAGAAAUGAUGAACCUAUUGAUGAAGACGAUGGAGAGAUUAAAAGCUUCUUAACGCAACUGGAGGCCGAUGUAACUAGCCAAAUAAAUUUAAACGGCGAAGACAAUGAGCAGGCCUUCGAUCUGUUAGAUUCGAUGCAUGAGAAUGGUUAUUACUACGAUUGCGAUGGGGGAGAGGAGGAAAAGAAGAGGGAACAGCUGGAGGAGCAGCAGGAGGAUGUAAGGGGACACCACUUGUUCGCGGAUGAUCCCAACGACGGAGGGGAUUUCCCCAAGGGGUCCAGGCUGAAUCUGUCAGAUUUGGAUGACAACGUUAGUGAUGGCACAGCGGCUGCAGCGAGGGACACUGCGAUAGACGCUGUGGUGGAGGCCACCCCCCGCAGGGGAGGCGAGUCCCUGUUCAGCACUCCAAGGAAACUAGAAGAAGAGAGGAAGGAAACCGAAUGUCAAACGGAAUUCCCCCUGAAUUUUUCAAGGAAUACGAAUAGAACCCCAAGAAAAAAAAGCGUAGAGGUAAUUUUAGUAAAAAAAAAACUAAAGAUAAUGAAAGAGAAGGACAAUGAAGAUGAAGGACAAAAUAAAUGGGGAGUGAGUCAGACGGAUCCAAAAGCUCGAUGUAGAAGGUACCCAAGAAGAAACAGAAUUAAAACCUUGCGUUAUUGGAUUGGCGAAAGGGAAUUUACUAAAAGAAAUCCCCACACAGGAGAUAUUGAUGUUGUCGGAUUUAGCGAAUGUGCUAAUUUGGGAGAUUUGUCUCCACACAUCAUUGGACCAAUAAAAUAUAAGACGCUCAAUCUGAGGGGUAUGUACCCUUUGAGUGCGGAUGAUGAGGAAGGUAGACGUUAUGGUGGGAUUGACUCUGCGGAUGACGAUUCGGGUGAUGGACUUGCUGGUUUCCACACGGAUGGUCACGCGGAUGGCCGAGUUAAGACACAUACGAGUGAUCAUCUGAGAGUAGGGAGAAACAGGAAGAGACGCAGAAGCGAGCAGAAAGGGACACAUAACAGAGACGGCAAUGGAGAGAAGGACACAGAGAAAGACCCCGAUCGAGUGGCAACGCAACUGUCCAGGAGAAGCUACAACGUUUCGAAGAAAAGGAGGAAAAGGAAAUUCAUCAAUAUUGUUAAUUACAUUAAGAAGAGAAGAAAAAAAAAAUUGGUCAAGAGUGUUGACAAAGGGGAGGGAGAGGCGGUGCUGCUCACCAAGGGGGACAAGGAGGACAACAAGAAGAAGGAACAAAUCGGAAGUGACGUUGUCCAGGGUGAUGCGGCACGCGGCGGGGACUCUCCUGCGUGGUGUGACAACAUGGAGGGGAAAGACAACUCGGGGGACGAUGAGGACAAUCUGUUUCACGAUGCGAGCAGCUGGCGAUUCGAUGAGGAGGCCGCCCAUGUGGAAGUGGACUCAGGUGAGGCAUUACCAGGGGAAGCGGCACCUGUGGAAGAGGCAGCAGUGGAGGAGGCAGCAGUGGAGGAGGCAGCAGUGGAGGAGGCAGCAGUGGAGGAGGCAGCAGUGGAGGAGGCAGCAGUGGAGGAGGCAGCAGUGGAGGAGGCAGCAGUGGAGGAGGCAGCAGUGGAGGAGGCAGCAGUGGAGGAGGCAGCAGUGGAGGAGGCAGCAGUGGAGGAGGCAGCAGUGGAGGAGGCAGCAGUGGAGGAGGCAGCAGUGGAGGAGGCAGCAGUGGAAGAGGCACCAGUGGAACAGCCACCAAUUGAAGAGCCACCAAUUGAAGAGCCACUAAUUGAAGAGGCAGCAGUGGAAGAAUCACCAAUUGAAGAACCAUCGAGGGAGGAACCCCCAGACGAGUUGUCACCCGUUGAAGCGGCGGAUCUGGUUGCCAAUAAGGGAGGCUUCGACGAAGGGACAAAACAGAGCGCAAUCGAAAGGGAAGACAAAGAGGCGAAGGGAGUGAACAGCGACGCGAGGAACGAAACCAACAAGGACGCUGCAGAAAAUAUCUCCGAGAAAGAGAAAAAACAUGAGAAAAAGAAAAAAGAUGAAAAAAAGAAAAAAGAUGAGAAAAAGAAAAUAAAGGAAAGAAAAAUCGAUAAGAUGUAUAAAGAAUUGUCCCUAUUCAACUUGGACUUUCUGUCCCCCGGCAGGAAGGUGAAAACGUCCAAGGGGGAAAAGAAGGUCAAACAGUCGGCGACCGGGGGGAAAGGCGUGAACAAGGACUUAACUAAGGAAAAGAAGCAUCAGAGGGAGAAGAAGCAACAGAGGGAGAAGAAGCAGCAGAGGGAGAAGAUAUCGGGGGAGCCGCAGGAUGACGCCCAAGGGGGCCAAGACAAAGACGAUGCGCACACCAGCGAAAACGAAGGCUGCGAUUUGGAGCUAAAUGGACAAAAGGUGGAUACCACUUUGAGGACAGAUGAAGUUUCUAGCACCAGCGGUGAGGAGACCAACAGUAAGGUUGAAUCGAAGGAGGAGAUUAGUAGUGGUACAGCUGAAGAUAAUGAAAGGGAGUUACCUCUGAGUGGCGCUAUCGUUGUGGAGGCGACUCUUGCUGACAGUGAGGAGAAACCCCUGUUUCCUGAGCAGAAUGAGUACAAUGAACAGAGCAGCGAUAACACGGACGAAGUGAAGACAAAGGUAGACGGCGAGGCGAACAUAAAGUGGAGGGAGGACAAGACAACCGCAGUGAUUUCUCCUAACUUUGACGAAGUGGAGGAAUGUACGAAGCGGUUGAUUCGGUCGAGUGCAGAUGAGACGAAGGGUGUGCUCACAGCAGGGGAGGAGGGGGGACAUAUCAGCUGCUGGGAAGACAACCGGGGAGCUAUCCCUCAAGGAGGUGUCCCCCAAGACGAAGCGAAGGAACCCCCUAUAGAGCAGGACGAAACAGACGUACCUGUGACAACUCCACAAACUGAUGGAGCAAAAUUAAAUCCUAUGAAAGAGGAAAGAAAUGAUGAAAGGAGCAAAUUUGAGAGGAAUAAAAAGAUAAAGAAGAUAGUUCCCAUGGAAGGGGAAACUCAAAUGGCAGAUGUGCAGGACUCACUGAAUGAAGUGCCGUGUAGUAACCGUACAGAUGCUGAUGUGGACGCAGAGGAAAAGAAUGGGGUAGCACUGUGUACCAAAUCCAGUAGAAAUUACAAGACCGUUUUGAAGAAACCUGUCCGUGUAAAAGUUGUGCAUUUUGAUGUGGAUAGAAGAAACCAUAGGAGGAGCAAAAAAGGCGGGGGGAUACCAAAUAUGGUGUCCAUGCGGAGGAGAGGCGUGGAAGCAGAACAUGUGCCCGACGGAAUGGGCCAAGUGGUAGAUAGAUUUCACGAAGCGACGGAUAUAUUGUCCGAACCGACCGAUAGGUUUAACAGAGUGAACAUCCCCCAGCUGCUCAGACUUAACAGCUGCAUCAUCACAGGUAUUUGCUACGCCUCGACGGAGGACAUAAUUUCAAGAGGCAACCUCUUUAACGACGUUAAGGUGGACCUCAAUCUGUACAGCGUCCGGAUGACCCCGCGAGAAAAAUACAGCUCAAGGAGCCUCCACCACAAUUUGGUGGGGUAUGUCGACGCAGGGGAGAGGAUUAAAAUCGUCCUGGGCACCCAGGAGAGGUGUUUCGAAAGGGGCGACUUUUUUUUCAUUCCUCGAUUCCGCAGUUUCGUGAUCGACAACUGUAGCAGGUGA